AUGAUGAAUACAUUCUAUCUUGCUAUCGGUGCUAUUUAUUUAUUUGUUUUAAAUGAUGCAGCUAGUCUUCCAAAAUAUGAACAAAAAUUAGCUAUACGUGGUCGUAUUAUAUUUCCUGGUGGCUCACGUUUACCAAUUGAAUCUGAUGCAGUACUAACAGUUCAAUUAUUAGAUACAUCACUUGCUGAUGCUCCAGCAGAAACUCUUGCUCGAUCAGUAGGCAAAGCUAUUCGUUUUCCAAUGGCUUUUGCACUUAAAUAUUCACCGCGAAUUUUUUCUGAUGGGCACAGUUAUUCAAUACAAGUUACAAUUAAAAAUAAACAAAAUGAAUUAUUAUAUAUCAAUGAUGUUCGUAUGGAAGUAAUACCAAUUGGUGCUGAUCGAACAAAAUUAAUUGAUAUACCGGUUAUACUUGUUAAAAAAUCUCCACCCAAACAGAAUAAAAGUCAAUGGCCUGAAUUAGUUGGAAAAAAUGGAAACGAAGCAGUUAAGAUUAUUAAACAAGAAACAGGUUUUACAAAUGUCAUGGUAGUCGAAGAAGGUUCAUUAAUUACAAUGGAUUAUCGUGCAAAUCGUGUUCGUGUAUUUGUCGAUAAACAAGGCAAUGUAAAAGCAAGUCCUUCUGUUGCUUAA